CUCCACAGAUUUUUCCAAUAAGUCUACGUGCUCAGAGACAUUGUUAAAGACAUACUUAGAGGACCUUGCCAUGGAGCACCACAGAUUCUCCUUAAAAGAAGGUUUGAUUGAUAUUGAUCAAUGGAAAGGUCAUUCAGUUGGGUUUAAUCAGUGCCGAAUGAAGACGGGCUUGAUUCUUACUGGCAAAGGUGAUAAGGUAAUGUAUCUCUGGUCCCUAGAAAGCUACAAAUGUGAGGAAGAAUAUUUUGUUCCAAACACAGUUCCUCUAGUUGACUUGGAUUUUGAUGAGAGCAAGAUUGUUGGUUUGGUUGGUACUCGUAUAUGCAUAUGGAGGCGAAAUGGGAAAAGAAGUAUAUUUCCGUCUAAUGAAGGCACGUUUGUGAAAGGUUUAUGCAUGCAUUACGAUGAUCCAGAGGCAGUGGUCGGAUGUGAGGAUGGCACAGCUCGUUUAUUUGACGUUUACAGUAGAAAGUGUUCUCAAAUAAUCAGGAUGCGUGCUGGGCCUGUAACAUGCUUAUGUUUGUGCGAUGAUCAGUUGAUACUUAGUGGUUCCUCUCUUGGGAGCAUCACUGUCUCGGGUAGUUUAUCUGAUCGGCAGUUAGCAACACUAAGAUCAAGAAUAACAAUAGGAGGCAUAAAGACUUUGUGUUACAAUGCUUGUUCACAUCCAGUGUUUGCUGGAUCAACGUCUGGACAUACAUCUUGUUGGGACCUUCGGUAUGCAUAUAUUAGUUCUAAAUACUAUUUAUGAAUUAGACUUCAAGAGAGUUCUAUUUCAUAG